CUUUCUCUUUCUUCUCUCUUUAACAAAACCCCCCACUCGUAAAAACAUAUCUACAAUGGCCGUCCCCGAAGGUAACGCUACUGCUGGUGCCAAGCUCUUCAAGACUCGUUGCGCUCAAUGCCACACCGUCGAAGCUGGUGGCGCUAACAAGGUUGGACCUAACUUGCACGGUGUCUUUGGUCGCAAGUCUGGUCAGGCUGCUGGUUACUCUUACACCGAGGCCAACAAGAACAAGGGUGUCGAGUGGAACGACCAAACCAUGUUUGAUUACCUUGAGAACCCCAAGAAGUACAUUCCCGGUACCAAGAUGGCCUUCGCUGGUUUCAAGAAGCCCAAGGACCGUGCUGAUGUCGUCGCUUACUUGAAGGACGCUACUGCCUAAGCACCUCCUCCCCAAAAUAAUACACACCACAUCAUUAGCAUAGACUGCAUCUCUUGUUUAUAAAUAAAAAGAGGGCUACUUAUAUAGAGUAGACUUUGUAUCUCAUUGAAGAAACAAAAAAGUUAACUACCCAUACUACUGUUGAGUACUGAGAAGGAUACGCUGUUUGUGUGGAUCGGUGAAUCGGGAUACGCAUGGUAUUGAGUGGCAAACAGGCAGGCGCUUUGUUUACGAGGGCGUACGAAAGUGAAAUGGGGGGGG